AUGGCGAAGGUCGAGAAGAUUGAAGAGGGCGACUUCAGCAUCAAGCCCGAAAAUGCCACACCCGCGAUUCCUACAUCUGAAUGGCCUCUUCUCCUCAAGAACUACGAUAAACUACUCGUCCGCACUGGGCACUUCACUCCAAUCCCGUGUGGCUGCACGCCGCUGAAGCGCGAUAUCAAGUCCUACAUCUCUUCUGGCGUGAUCAAUCUCGACAAGCCCUCCAACCCGUCCAGUCAUGAAGUCGUUGCAUGGGUCAAGCGAAUUCUUCGAGUCGAAAAGACCGGUCACAGCGGUACCCUCGAUCCCAAAGUCACCGGAUGUCUUAUUGUCUGCAUAGACCGAGCCACACGGCUGGUCAAAUCACAACAAGGUGCUGGAAAGGAGUACGUGUGUGUCAUCAGAUUACACGAUCGGUUACCCGGCGGCGAGGCACAGUUUGCGCGAGCUCUGGAAACUCUGACCGGCGCCCUCUUCCAACGACCUCCUUUGAUCUCUGCGGUGAAGCGACAACUUCGUAUCCGAACCAUCCACGAGAGCAAGCUGUAUGAGUUCGACAAUGACCGGCAUCUCGGCGUGUUCUGGGUGAGCUGCGAGGCCGGAACCUACAUCAGAACGUUGUGUGUGCAUCUCGGAUUGCUUCUGGGUGUUGGCGGACAUAUGCAGGAACUGCGACGAGUACGGAGUGGAGCCAUGGAUGAGUCCAAGGGCAUGGUCACCUUACACGACGUUCUGGAUGCACAGUAUGUGUACGACAACAACAGAGACGAGUCAUAUCUCCGAACAGUUAUCUCGCCGCUCGAGAGUCUCCUAACCACAUACAAGAGAAUCGUGGUCAAGGACAGCGCAGUUAACGCCGUGUGCUACGGUGCAAAGCUCAUGAUCCCCGGUCUGCUCCGCUUCGAAGCCGGCAUUGAAAUCCACGAAGAGGUCGUGUUGAUGACCACCAAGGGCGAAGCCAUUGCUAUCGGUAUCGCACAGAUGUCGACUGUCGAGCUGUCCACCUGCGAUCACGGUGUUGUCGCCAAGGUCAAGAGAUGUAUCAUGGAGCGAGACUUGUACCCUCGACGAUGGGGCAUGGGACCAGUGGCUCUGGAGAAGAAGAAGUUGAAGUCCGACGGCAAACUUGAUAAAUAUGGUCGACCGAAUGAAGCGACCCCAGCCAAAUGGACCACGCAAUACACCGACUACAACGCCCCGGCCUCCGCCGAAGGCACAUCCGCCGCCCCGGUGCAAGAGAAGACCUCGCAGUCCGACGUUCUCGCUGCACCGCCUGUGGCUCCCAAUGGAGAAUCCGCCGAGAGCAUGGACCUGGAUACGAGCACCGCGGCCCUGGCGCCUCCGGCUCCCACGACCAACGGCGAAAAGGAGAAAGACAAGAAGCGCAAGAAGCACGACAGCGAAACCCCCGAGGACCGCGCCGAGCGGAAACGCAGGAAAAAGGAGAAGAAGGAGAAGAAGGAGAAGCGGAAGAGCGCCGCCAGCAAGGCCGACGACAGCGACGACAGUGACUAG